AUGCUGUCGUUGAGAAGAUCUCGUCACAUCACGAACCAAAUGAUCCUCACGAGGUCUUAUGCGUCAUUGGGAAGACCUAAGAUUGCAAGCGUUCUUCCAGCACGCCCUACAAAGAAAAUUAGGGUUGGAAAAGCGAGACCGGCCAUAUAUCACAAAUUUGACACCUUGGUUGAACUCUCGGACGGAUCCGUCAUCACCCGUCGCACACAGAUACCCAAAGAAGAGACAAGAAUGAUUAUUGACCAGAGAACAAACCCACUGUGGAAUCCAUCCAAGCCAGAUAUGUCGCAACUUGAUGCCGAGAAUAAUGGAAGAAUGAGCAAAUUCAAGAGCAGGUUCUCGCAAUUUGAACAUUCUGGUAAGACAGAGGAGGAGGUUAAGGCCGAACAAGAAGCUUUGGAGAAAGAAAGGAGGCAAAGAAUUUUGACUGGUACUGGAGUCAAGCUCGACGAGACACUUGCAGAUGAUUAUGUUAGUGUGUUGGGAGAUAAUUACGUUGCCCCGAAGCUCGGGGGAAAAGUUGCUCGAAAGGAAAAGGGAAGCAAGAAACGUUGA